UCCUCCUCCUCCUCUCUUUCCUGGAAGUCGCUUUGCAUGCCAGUGCCCAGGAGGGAGAGCCUGAUGCCAAGGGGAGUGCCAGCCUUUGCCCAGGGAUGAGGCUGAUCUCCAGCUGCUGCUUCUGCUGCUUCUGCUGAGGCUUUCCUUUCGCUGCAUGGGAGCACCGAGGCUCAGCGCCGGAUCGGACCUCCGCCUCGAGCCCUUCUCCUUCUCCUUCUUCUCUUCCUCCUCCUCCUCCUCCUCCUUCUUCUGGGAGCACGGAGGAGAAUCGCGCCGGGCUUUUGCAGAUACCUUGUGUGUUUGACGCAAUUUGCCCAACACUUCCUCCCCAACACGAACAUUGCCAGCAAGCACAGGUUUUUCUGGAGACAACAGCCAUUCAUGUGCUUAGAAGCAUGACGGAGGUGAUGAACACACGUGAGCCUGUUAUGGAGGAAUUUACUCUGAGCCAGCCUGAAGAAGAAGGAGGCACUUCCAGCCAGGCUUUUCCAGAAGCACAUGAGAAGUACCCCAAGCUGUCAAAAAGAUUGCCGUCCAUUGUGGUGGAGCCAUCUGAGAUGGGAGAUGUUGAAAGUGGAGAGCUGCGUUGGCCACCAGAUGAUCUGAAAUCGAUGGAGGAUAAGAAGGCUCUGGCUGCUCAGAGAGCUUGUGCUCAGCAGCAGCAAAUGGAUCUUGAAAGUGCUCCAGCACAUCAAGACAUAGGAGGCAGUACAGAAUCUACUGAAACCAGACCUGAGGACACCGACUAAAGGACUGCAGUCGCAAGGCCAGAAGUUGCAGUUUUGGCAUGAAUCUACCUGGAAAGCUAGAACAUUCCGAAGACAUGUCAAAGCAUUUAAAACCUGCAAAGGUUUUAGUUUUAUUUUCCUGAUUAUCUUAGCACAGGACAAGGAGUUCAUGGGCUUUAGAACUGUUCCUUUCAAACGUUUACCUUUUUCAGGCUGGGAUUCAUAUCAUUUAAAUUUCCUUUUUUGGGGGAAGUGAAAGAUAUUAGGAAGCACACUCCAGUUCUUAUUGUGAAACCCACAAAGGAAAGCAAACAAAUAAGAACACGCUCAAUUGGUUGCAAUUACUACUUUUAAAUGAAAUUGCUUUAUUUAAGGUAAGGCUGCCCUCAGGUAUCAGCAACAACAUAAAAGGGUUUGCUUUGAUAUAAAACACCUUAAAUCAAAAACCAUUCUUGUUUUAGCCAUUUAAAAACAAGCACUGUGAUACUAUUGAUAAUAGAUGUAUUAUAACGUCACCCUCUGACUUUGUACCUUUUUGUAUAGAGACACAAGUUUAACCUUUGAAUCCAAGCUAUAUGGAAAUUUAAGGUUGCCUUUUAGUGGUGCAGAACAGGAACCUCUCUCUUUGCCCUUUCUCUCUUUUUUUGUGCAAAUUUAAAUGAACCAGCCUUUUAUUAACGCAAUGUAUUUUAAAAACAGUGAGUCAAAGUUUAAGGAGCUAUUUUACUGAUGUACAUUUCUUGGACAGAAGUAACAAUUAAUUAUUGUUUGUGAACCAAGUCAGUUUGUGUAACUUUGGCUGGGCUUUGCUUACAUUUGUGCACACAAAUCCAUGGUCCAAAUUCCACCCUGGUAUAACCAAGGGCUUGUCUCAAAAAAAAAAAAAGGGGGGGGGAGGGAAAAAGCAAGAAAGAGCCAAUCUUUAUAUCAAGGCUGAAUUUGCUCCAAGGUAUUAAUAGGAGAUAUUGUUGCUAUUUUUAUGACAUAAAAAUAUUUAGAUAUAUAGAGAUACCCUGCUGUAUUUUUACAUAUAGUUUUGGGUCUGAAGUCUGGGGAGAAACUGGCUGGAACAGAUAUGUUGUGCCUCUUUUGCCUAAUUAAUAUUGCCUCUUAUAUUAUAAUUCUUGUUUUGAUCAUUUUGUUUCUGGGGCAGAAGCAGAUACACCAAAAAGGACCACAAAUACUGAUGGCUUUGUCUCCAUUAUAAACUUAAAGUAGCAAAACAAGUGUUUCAUCUCUCCAGGGAUGCUAGGAGUUCUAUGUAGCUUUGGGAGUUAAGGAUACAAAUAGAUAAUGCUUCAAGUGUCAGCCCUCUCACCAAAUUACAGUUCCCAGGAUUCUGCAGGGAAAACCAUUGCAAUUCAGGUGAUAUGAAGCCAAAAGAGGUUUGUACAGUAUACAUUUCAAGAGAUGGGCCUGGUUAACCUGGUUCUGGUGUUAGUUUUCAUUUCACAGGGUGACUUUCCCUUGCUGUUUCGGUACAAAGAUUACUUAAUUUUCUUCUGAAUGUAAUUUCAUCCAAGUAGUAUCUCAAAACCCACUGGAAACUAAUGUUCUUCAGGUUACAUCAGAAACCAAUGCACACUGUCUGUGUAUUCUUGUGGCAGUCAUAUCCAAAUGAAAUGUUUGGCCCAUGAAAAAAAUAGGGAGAAGGAGACAAAUAUUCACUAAUGAUGCUAUGUAAGGAAUAUCAGUAACAUUAUUUUGAGAAUCAGGCUGGAAUCUGUAAGGUGAUUUGUUAAAAUGUACCAGAUUUUUAAAAAAGAAAACAUAUUUUCUUAUUGAAAUGUCUGUCCUCCCUUGAAAAUGUAUAUAUUUCUAUGCUAAGGCAAUGAAGUUCCUGUGGGCAGAGGCCAGAGUUACGAUAAUUAUCCUAAACUGUGGUUGUGCCACACAAUCGUGUCCUUAAUAACUAAGGUCGACAAAACCACAGGUAUCAAUGUGAUGAUCAGAGCUUGGAAAUUUUACUUUAAGACUACCGGUAACUCCUAGAACCUUGGGAUUCAGGGAGCUGUAGUCCAAAAUGCAACUUUUCCAACUUUCAAAGCUCAAUUGUUUGUCAAAGUUGAGCAUCCAGAGCAAGCUGAGUUCAUGGGUAGUUAUACCUAAAUCCUGACUUGAGAAUUAAGUGCACUGGAGUUUGAAAUGCAACAUGCAUUUCAAAAGUACUGCUCUUUUGAACAAGUAUACAAAUUCUUAAUAUGGACAGAAUGCAGGGGAUGAUAUCCUACCCUCAUUUUGCUCCUGAACAUGUCCCUAAGGCCAGAGACAUGCAUAGUUACACAUAUAGAUAUAGUAAGAUGCCUCAUACUGAGUCAUGCCAUUGGUCCACUUAACCCAGUUCUAUCUAUAGUGAUUGACAAGCUCUUCAAAGUUUCAACCAAAAGUUUUCCCCAACUUUACUUGGAUAUGCCAAAAAUUAAACCUGGGACCCAGUACAGGGAUAGGAUUGUCACUUGAUACAGUGAUAGGAACUCAGAAAGCUUCCUUAUACCAAGUCAGUCCACCAUUGGUCCUCCAGCUCAAUACUCUCUCUUUGACUGGCAGAGGCACAGAAGACUAUUCUGCCCUUGUACUCUGUCAAAAAAAAUCUUGCUACACAUAGCAGCUCUCAGUCCCUAGGAGGGAUGGCAGGAGAAGUGACUGAAAUCAUGAAGAUAUGGCUGCUCUGAGCUCUUGCACUCAGAGACAUCAGAUGCGCAAAGGCAUCUGCGCUACAUUUGAGAGCUCACCUUUAUUUCUCCCUCCUUGGCCGAGCUGGGACCAGCUGCUUCUCUGUGGUCUAAAUCACUCCCCUCCUUCUCCAAUAGUAGGUUACAGUAGCAGGGACUCUUUCCAGGGCUUGACAGCUGCUGCAGAAUGGGAGGACAUUUGGAACUACAUGGACAUGUAUGAUCUUGGUCAUUACAUGUUAUAUCCACUUGGACUUUGUUUUUUUAACCUACAGUCUUUCCUUCUCUAUCACUGCAUGAUCUUGCUGCCAGGUCAUCAUUAGCUAAAGAGUAUCUAGAAUGCAGAGUUAGGACAAAUUCAGGAGGGUUUUUUUUUGGGGGGGGGGGGGUUGGCCACAAGAUGCCAGCCACAGAUGCUGGUGAAACAUCAGGAAUAAACUCUUCCAGAACAUGGCCACAUAGCCCAAAAAACCCACAAAAAACUAUGGAUGCUGGCCAUGAAAUCCUUUGACUUCACAAAUUCAGGAGUGUUUCAACCCCCUCUCAGAUACUUGGCAUCUCUUCCUUCCCUCUUUUUUGUUAGGUGCUUUAAUUCACACUGAUGAUGAUGAGUGGGGAUGGAGGGAGAAAUAAUACAUAGCAGCAUUUCAACAACUGAAGCAGCCAGUGUAGUAAUCCCGGGAGCUAAAGGAUGUUCACAAAACAUACAGUGGUACCCCGGGAUACGAAUGCGCCGCCUUACGAAAUUUCCGGGUUACGAAAAAAAUCCAUUGAA